AUGAGCCUUUCACCAGCAUCACCCGCCAAACCAAAGCUGACAGAAAUCAUCAGGCUGGUUCCUCUCUGCUUCAGGAUUCUGAUGAAAAAUAUUGCUGGAUAUUUUGCAAGAAGUUUCUUUAAGCCUUUCCUGUUCUUCCUAAAUACUAUUGCAUGCCUGAAGAAAGGAAGUUUGGGGCAGUCCCAGUCAGUCAGCCAGCCAGCCAGACUUCUAUCUUUAAUACAGUCAGGUUUUGGUCCCUUUAGACAAUACCUGGUUAAUUCUAGCUGGGAAGCAGUGAAGGAGCUGUCCAAGAGAGGCCUUGGUAAAAACGUAGAUCUCCACAUCAUGCAGCUGCCGGUGGUUUACCAAAAAGCAAAGGAGCAAGUCUUCAAGAUAUGGACAACUCUUCAGCCGCUGCUUACUGUUCACGUUGGGCUGGCUUCCUCCGCCAAAGCACUCAUCAUCCUUGAGCAGUGUGGGAAGAACAAAGGCUACCAAGAGAUGGAUGCUUGUGGUUUUCACCCAGAAGGUGGCUGUUGCAUGCUAGAUGGCCCGGAAAAGAUUGAAUCUACAAUUAAUAUGAAGACUCUCUGGAAAAACAUUUCAGUGGAAGGGAUUGAUAUCAUCUUUUCCAGAGAUGCGGGAAGGUACAUCUGUGAUUACACCUACUACACUUCUCUGUAUUACGGCAAUGGAAGAGCAGCUUUCAUCCAUGUGCCUCCACUAUCCAGCUCAGUAACAGCAGAACUUCUAGGAAAAGCAUUACAGACAAUUAUCUUAGAAAUGUUAAAACAGUGUGGGGAAGAAAGAGAGUAA